GGCGCCCCGGCCCGACCCCGACCCCGACCCCGCCGGCCCCCCCGCCCCGCUGCCCCCGCCGGGCCCGCUGGACUCGGCCCCGCUGCCGGUGGCCGGACGCGGUCUCCGGGCUCGGGUUCUGGUUCUGGGACGCCCUCCCGGCCCCCCGCGCUCACGCGCCGCCCCGCCCCGCCUUGACAGGAGGACCAUGUAGCCGAGGGACCCGCCGGUGCCGAUGCUGGGGGGCGACUGUCGCCUUCCCCAGAGCCCGGGCGGUCGGCGGCCGGGGCCCGCGGGUGCCCGCUUGGCGGGAAGACGGCGCUCGGGCCCGCGUCCAGGCCCUGGAGGUUCCUCACACCCCAGACCACAGGCGUGUCAGCGAUGAAUUGGAACGCGAAGCCUGGGAGCGCCCCCCUGCCGCCGCCCGAGUAUCCGCGGAAGCGGUCCCCGUUCCUGGAGCAGGCCUUCCGAAGCCCACUGGGCAGCACCCCUCAGAGCUCUCUGGCCUACCCUGGACAGAGCCCAGAAGCCUGCGCCUUCAUGGGCAGCUCGGACCUGGCUGCACAGCCGCAGCUUGGGCACCCGCAGGCCCAGCUGAGAAAUUACAGCGCCGCGAGCAUGCAGAGCGGGGCGCUGGUGAUGUCGCAGACCUCGGUGGAAAGGGUCACUUACGCCACCAUCAAAGGGCCCAAAGCCCUGGACCACAGUGUGUCCCAGGGCGCGUGGCUGAGCCCCGGCCUGAGGAACCCUGUGCUGCAGCACCCGGCGGCCAGUGCCAUGCCACAGAGCAGCUUUGGGACAAAGGCACCUGUGGUGGCCCAGGUGCUGCAGAGUCCGUUUGUCACGUCCGACACCUACUCGAUGCAGCUGCAGAUGGUCCCUGUGAGCUCGUCACGCGCCCCCGUAUCAUGCCAGGGCAGCUCGAGGCUGAGCCCCGCGUCUCUGCAGGACUUCCAAGGCCACUGGACGCAGCAGCAGCAGCAGCAGCAGCAGCAGCAGCACCAGCAGCAGCACCAGCACCAGCACCAGCAGCACCAGCAGCACCAGCACCAGCAGCAGCAGCAGCAGCAGCAGCACCAGCAGCAGCACACGGCCAGCGGGCCGGCCUGCCCGGAGUACAGGCCCCCUCAGCACACCUACCCUUACUCCGGCGUCCUGGCGAGGAACAGUGCUCCAGCUGCAGGCCUGGCCUUGCCGCCCCAGCAGGCAGCAGCCGGGCAGCCAGAUGCAAGAGUCACCUCUUACAGCUGCAGCUAUGCAGGGCAGCCUCUGCCGAGUCCUCAGCACGUCCCCAAGCACAUGGCUGCAGAGCCGCCCCGGGCCCAGGAGUCUCACGCACCCGACACCAGGAAGAAGUUUGGUGGCAGCUUCCGACCCCUGUUGCCAAAGCAGGCUGAAAACCUCAACACGCUCGGAAGUUUCUGCAACUUGAAGGUGAUGAACAGCAUUUCCAGCGAGCCUUUCCACGGGUCCCCGGGGGCCUCCAUGCCCGGAGAACCUUUCCACGGGUCCACGAGGACCUCUGUGUCCGGAGAACCUUUCCAUGGGUCUUCGAGGACCUCUGUGUCCGGAGAACCUUUCCACGGGUCCACGAGGACCUCUGUGUCCGGAGAACCUUUCCACGGGUCCACGAGGACCUCCGUGUCUGGAGAAACUUUCCACGGGUCCACGAGGACCUCCGUGCCCGGAGAACCUUUCCACGGGCCCGUGAGGACCUCCAUGUCUGGAGAAUCUUUCCACGGGUCUGCGAGGACCACCGUGCCCGGAGAACCUUACCACGGGCCCGUGAGGACUUCCAUGUCUGGAGAAACUUUCCACGGGCCCGUGAGGACCUCCGUUUCUGGAGAAACUUUCCACGGGCCUACGGGGCCCUCCGUGUCUGGAGAAACAUUCCAUGAGCUCUCGAGGGCCUCUGCUUCCAUGCCCGGUGUGCAGACAGUUGUGCCACGCAGGCAGGAGAAGAGAGUGGCUCCCUGCACCCUCCCUCCAAAUUCAGCGCUGGACACGAGUGUCACAAAAGAAAAGCUCGUGAGAGAUAUUAAAACACUGGUGGAGAUAAAAAAUAAGUUUUCAGAACUUGCCAGGAAAAUCAAAAUCAAUAAGGAACUUUUGAUGGCAGCGGGUUGCAUUAAGACCCCAAAUGCUCCAUACAGUGACCCCGCCCCAAACCGUGAAUUGGCGCAGAAAGAAAGCGGCAAAGUCCACUCUGGGUCUCUGCUCAGCCUCCUCACUUCAGGCACCACCGAGAACAAAGAGCUGGACAGGGUGGGAGGCAGACCCUCGAGUCACGGAGCGCUCGGCUCUGGCCUGCAUGGGCCCCUCUGCCCCGAGAUGCUGCCAGUGUCGGCCCAGGCCCAAGGCCGUCCGGCUCACGGCUCCUCGCAGACUCCCGCAGUGGAGGGGGCCCCGGCGGCUGGAAGCAGCACCCCGUGUUCCUCAGGAAGUUUUGCCGGCAUUGAGCAGAAUGAAGCAGCCGACUUGGGAGCGCCCUCGGCGUUUCCUCCGCAGUCCCUGAACGAGGCCGAGGACAAGUACCUGCACAAACACCCCAUCAUCCUCCGCCUGCUCGAAGUCGGGGAGCACACAGCACAGGGGAAGCUCUGCAGAGGCACGCACGAGGCCCUUCCGGGUUCCCAGCCCACUGGUCCCGAAGCGAGCCCCGGAGCCCCGGAAGCGAAGGCUGCGGAGCACGCCCUCCCGCAGGACCUGCCAUCCCCAGCCAGGGAGGCACACUCGCACAGCGACAGUCCCUGCUCCAUGGAGCUGCUGGCCACCUGCCUCUCUCUGUGGAGAAACAGUCCCGCGGAGCCUGCCAGGGCCACGGCCCGGGAGCAGCUGGGCACCAGCCCCGCUGCCUCUGGGCCCUGUGGCAAGAGUGGACUUGCGGCGGGAGCUCCCGGGAGCAGGGCCGCCACCAGCCCCCAGGACUCAGCUGCGCCCGGGGCCCCGCAGAACCACGAGCUCCCGGGCGUGGCUGUGAGCAAGGGGUCAGAGCUGCAGAUCGCUGUGGUGACCCCGCUCGUCCUCUCCAGCGCCAAGCCCGCAGCCGUGAAAGGAGGCGCCCCCGAGACGGUGUACCCCGUGAUCAAGGAGGGCAGCGUGUGCAGCCUGCAGAGCCGCCUGGCCGAGGAGGCGGGGAGCCCGGCUGCCCUGAAAGCCUGCGUGGACGGGCUGAAGGACUGGGCUGGGGCGCGCCCUGAAGACAGCGCCCGGCUCUGUCCGGGACAGCAGACCCAGGCCGCGCCUGGGGACGGGGAGAGGGCAGGUGAGAACAGGCUGCAGAUUGGCAGUAUCUGCUCUCUGGUGGAAGGGGCCACGUCCUACAACCCCCACAUCGCAGAGAUGUUCAGUGAGCCCCCGGGCCCGGUGCUGGCUGAGCACAGAGACACGGCUGAGCAGAGCCAGGCUGCCACACACGGGGUGGCGCUUCCUGACAAAACCGCCCAAUGGUCGGCUGCACCCCAGCCCUUGGAACCAGCCUCCCUGCAUCCCCCUGAGCCAGGACCAGCCUCCCUGCAGCCCCCUGAGCUAGAACCAGCCUCACUGCACCGCCCAGAGCCGGAACCAGCCUCCCUGCAGCCCCCAGAGCUGGAACCAGCCUACCUGCGCCCUCCAGAGCCGGAACCAGCCUACCUGCACCCCCCAGAGCUAGAACCAGCCUCCCUGCACCCCCCAGAGCCGGAGCCAGCCUCCCUGCGCCCCCCAGAGCCGGAGCCAGCCUCCUUGCGCCCCUCAGAGCCGGAGCCAGCCCUACCACAGCUCCCAGCACCAGCCUCUCCAUGCCCCCCAGUACUGCCUCCCCCAGCGCCCCUGCAUCCUGGGGGUCAAUACCGUGUGGCCAUGGAGGCGAGUGGACCCGGGUGUCGCACGGAGCGAGGAGGCCUGACCUUUGCCCAAGGCCCUGGGACUGCUGCUCAGGAAGGGUCCUGUGAGAACACAGCCCCAGACUCCACGGAAAGGGGGGCUCCUGAAGACGAGCCGCCUGUGUUGUACCUCCACGACCAGCUGUCGGAGCUCUUAAAAGAGUUUCCCUAUGGCGUAGCGCCCGUGAGCGCCUGCGAGGAGCCGGCCUCCUGGCGCCGUCCUGGCCGUGGCUGGAAGCGUCCACGUGCCCUGAAGCCUGCCGCUGCGGCCGUGGCCACGGAGGGCCAGAUCCAGAUCACCGUCCUGAGCUCUGAGCAGAUGCGGGCGCUGUUCCCCGAGCAGGACCUGUGGGAGCCGGACACGGAGACGGAGGCCCCGCACGGGGAGCUCGUGUCUAAGGAGAGGAGUCCCCCGGUUGUAGGCGGUGAGGAGGGGGGCCAGUGUGGACCCCAGGCCCAGAUUACCGAGCAUGGCAAUAAGGAGGGGGGCCCAGUCCAGGUCAGUGAGGGGCGUCAGGGGGAUCCCCCUGGCCAGGCAAGCGAGGAGAGGGGCCAGCAGGGACCCCAGGCCCAGGUGAGUGAGGAGGGGGCCUGGGAGGACCCUCUAGCACAGGGCGCUGAGGAGAGGAGGCAGAGGGACCCCCCAACGCGGGGCAGUGAGGAGAGGCAGACGGACCCCCCAACGCGGGGCAGUGAGGAGAGGCAGAGGGACCCCCCAGCGCAGGGCAGUGAGGAGAGGCAGAGGGACCCCACGGUGCAGGGCCGUGAGGAAGGGAGGCAGAGGGACUCCCCAGCGCAGGGCAGUGUGAAGGGGAGGCAUAGGGACACCCCAGCGCAGGGCAGUGUGAAGGGGAGACACAGGGACCCCCCAGCGCAGGGCAAUGGGGAGAGGCAGAGGGAGCCCCCAGUGCAGGGUGGUGUGAAGGGGAGGCACAGGGACCCCCAAGUGCAGGGCAGUGUUAAGGGGAGGCACAAGGACCUCACAGCGCAGAGCAGUGUGAAGGGGAGGCACAGGGACCCUCCAGCUCAGGGCCGUGGGGACCCCCCAGCGCAGGGCCGGGAGGAGGGGAGGCAGAGGGACCCCCCAGCGCAGGGCCGGGAGGAGGGGAGGCAGAGGGACCCCCCAGCGCAGGGCCGGGAGGGGCGCGGCGGGGACCGCCCGCCCGCGGCUGUGCAGGCAGAGUGCCCCAAGAGCAAGAGCGCGGACCCCCAGAAGGAAGACUUGCCGUGUUGCGCCCUGGGCUGGCUCUCGGCGGUCUAUGAGGGGGUCCCUCAGUGCCAGUGCAGCCGUGCCAAGAGUCAUCGGAAUCCAAAGCCCCUCAAAAGGAAAAGUGGGCACCCCCAGCCCUCUCAGGACACCUCGAGGCACAAGCAGGGGGAGGGGCCCGCGGGGAAGGACGGCCCCCGCCACCGCAGCCCCCUGGCGCGUCUGGACAAGAAAAGGCCCUUCAUGGGGUCGGGCAAGGUCCGGGACAAGGACAAGGCCAAGGCCAAGGCCGACGGCCCGGGGAAGGCGCCGCACCCCGCGCCCCGGCCGGCCGAGCCCAGGGAGCCCGCCGAGCCCGCGCCCGCCCCGCAGGGGCCCCCGAGCACGGCCAAGCUGCCCGGCGAGCGGCCCGGGAGCCCCCCGGAGGCCCGGCCCCGGAAGCAGCCCGCGCCCAGCCCGCAGCCGCCCAGGGCCAGGCUGGGCUUCCCGCCCCACAAGCCCAGGGAGCUGCGGCCAGGCGCGGGGCCCCGGAAGCUGCUGCCCAAGGCGGGCGCGGCCGGCCCCAGGGCCUGGGAGAAGCGCAAGCCCGAGGGCGGGGGCGCCGCGGACGCGGCCCCCAAGAGGAGGAAGGUGGACGGGCCGGAGCCGGGCCAGGCCGCGGGCCCUGCCGCCGGCGCGGGGGGCGUGCCCAAGGAGGGGGGUCGCGGGCAGGACCGGGCGCCCCCUCCCGCGCCGGGGCCCGUGUCCUCCGCGCCCCCCGCGCACAAGCCCAGGAAGGAGCCGGGCACGGCGGGGCCGCGGGACAGGCGGGCGUCCCCCGCGGCGGGCCCGGCCAGGGGCGAGAGGCCCGACCCGGGCGCCGACCCCCGCGCCGACCCCCGCAAGCGCUACCUGAACCGCGUGGGCUUCCAGUGCACCGAGCGCCAGAGCAUCCGCCUCAAGCAGCUGGACCCGCCGGCGCGCGCGCGGCCCGGGAUGCUGCAGUUCCGCCUGUGCCCCGAGGCGCUGGUGCCCGGCGCGCGCGCGCCCGAGGGCCCCGCGCCCGCGCCCGCCCCGGGGCCGCCCGCCCCCGCCCCCGCGCCCAGCCCCGACGCGCGCGUGUCGGCCGUGAGGAGCACCAAGGAGGACUGGCUGCGCCGCGCGGCGGGGGAGCGGCGGGACCCCGCGCCCGGCCCACCAGACGCCAGGGCCGCCCCCCGGCCGCCGCGGAGGGCCCUGAGCUCGGACGGGCGCCCGCCCGGGGCCCUGCAGGCCGUGUUCCAGACCUACCGCCGCCUCUACAUGGAGAAGCGCAGCCGCAGCCUGGGCGCCAGCCCGCCCCGCUGAGCCCGCCGCAACCCCGCCCGAGCGACGCCGCACGUCAGGCGCCGACGCUUCAGUGACAUCUCCGGCCGCUCCCGCCCGAGCGACGCUCUGUGACGUCAGGCGCCGACGCUUCAGUGACAUCUCCGGCUGCUCCCGCCCGGGCCACAUACUGUGAGGUGACUCGACGACGCUUCCGGCCGCUUCCGCCCGAGUGACGUGCCGGGACCUGAGGCGGAGACACUUCAGUGACAUCUCCAGCUGCUCCCGCCCGAGCGACGCUCUGUGACGUCAGGCGCUGACACUUAAGUGACAUCUCCAGCCGCGCCCGCCCGGGCCACUCACUGUGAGGCGAUGCAGCGACGCUUCUGGCCGCUCCCCUCGGGGUGAUGCCCCGUCGCGAUCGCCCCGCGCCGUUGCGGAGCCCCAGCCGUGAGGAGCCGCGUGAGGCGCGAGCGGCCCCCGGCACGGGGCUGUACACGUGUUUGCUCCUGAAACGUGUUAGUACAGACUUGUUUUUCAGACAUUCCCACUGUGACCGUUGAAAGUAUAUUCUAAGGUUUUUGUAUUUGAUUGUAAGACUUUUGUCAGAUGUCUCGUUUUAUACCUGUUAUUCCGAAGUUUUUGGAUGUUAAGACAUUGUCUUUCGUACUUGAAAUAAACAUUUAUU